CGAAAAAAGCAGACGGCAGUCAGCGGUCCUCGCAGAAACAUGUAAACCAAUUUGGAAUGAGCCGUUCUAUUAUCAUGGUCUCACCGAGCCGAUGCUCAUGGAACGUGUUCUUGAGGUUACUGUAUGGGACUACGAUAAGAUUGAAGCGAAUGCUUUUCUUGGUGAGACACUCAUCGAUUUCUCAGUUGCACAACUUGAUGAUGAACCUUUCUUCUAUACGCUUGUCGAUAUGGACGAGGAGAAUCCGUUACGAGCUAGAUUACGACAUCGCCGUUUGAACGUCUACCAUCAACAGCAGCAGCAACAGCAACAACAGCAAGUGAAUCGACCAAGAAGUGAACUGAGCCAUUAUCCGUCCAACUACUAUCAGAAUACACUCGAUGCAGCGCCAAAUUCAAUAGAUUACGGUGGAUAUGGAUGCCCGGUGCCUGGACCAAGACAGCAACUGAUGCAACCAGUGGCCGGUAUGCGGCGAUCAAGGACCUAUGAUCGUGGAGGUGUUCGUGUUGAGGAGGACUGGACUGUGAACAGUCCAUCGGGUUACUUGUCCGAUCACGGUUACAAUGGUCCACUACCGAUUCGUUAUCAACAUCGCGAACGACGUCCAAAAUCGGCCACUGCUAUGCGA